AUGGCCCCCGUCAACCUCACCGAAGCCGAAUUAAGCACCCUCUCCGCCAAGGCCAUAGAAGCAAAAGCAGCCGCAUACUGCCCAUACUCCCACUUUAGAGUCGGCGCAAGCCUUCUCACCGAGGACGGCACGUAUUUCAUCGGCGCCAAUGUGGAAAAUGCGAGCUACCCAGUGGGGAUCUGCGCUGAAAAGAAUGCCAUUGGGACAGCUGUGACAGCGGGCCACAAGUCGUUCAGAGCUGUUGCCGUAGCCUCUGAUAUCAUCCCCGGAACGUCUCCGUGCGGAUCGUGUAGGCAAUUCAUGCGUCAAUUCUGUCCUCCAUCGCUUCCAAUAUACAUGUACGGAACAGACGGGAAGUAUGUCAUGAAGACCAUGGGAGAGCUUCUCCCUGAUUCUUUUGGGCCCGAGGACUUGGAGAAAAACCGUUAA